AUGUCUGCCAUCAACCCGGCAUCGGCGCCACAGGCGUCGAAGCAGAGCCAAGCUACCGGAGAGCAUGAUGUUGAGAAGAACAGCGCUCAGGAUGUGGUCGACAUCCACGCGGACCCCCUGAAGCCCGAGUCGGAUGACAGCUCCGAGCACAAACAAGAAGGUGUCAAGAAGGUGGAGGCCAUCACCACGGUAUGGUCCCCGAAGAUGCUUUGGGUUGUCUUCGCUCUUCUGUAUCUCGUCUCCUUCAGCGAUGGCCUCCUGCAAUCCGUCCAGAGUAACCUGACGCCCUACGUGACGUCCGCCUUCGGCCAGCACGGACUGCUCGCCACUACCAGCAUCGUCUCCACAAUCCUCGGCGGCGUCUCCAAGCUCACGAUUGCCAAAAUCAUCGACAUCCGAGGCCGUGCCGAGGGCUUCAUCGGCAUGGUCUUCCUCGUCAUCAUCGGCAUGAUCAUGAAGGCCACCUGCCAGAACGUCGAGACCUACGCCGCGGCCCAGACCAUCUUCUGGGUCGGCCACCUCGGCCUCAUCUACAUCAUCACCAUCGUCCUCGCCGACAUGACGUCCCUGAAGAACCGCAUGACCAUGAUAGCCCUCAACGGCACGCCUACCAUCGCCACGACUUUUGCUGGGCCAAAGAUCGCUCAGCUCUUUUACGACCAGGUCAACUUCCGCUGGGCGUUUGGCGCUUUCGCCAUCAUCUUGAUCGGGUUCAGUGCCCCGGUCGCCGUCAUCUUUUUCUUUAGCGAGGUCAAGGCCAAGAAGGCCGGCUUGAUCGCCCCUAAGCAGAAGACUCGUUCUUCGUUUGAGUCCUUCAAGCACUACUUCGUUGAGUUUGACAUUCUGAUAUUGAACCAUGAAGUCGUUGGCCUGAUCUUGGUUAUGGCUGGAUGGUCCAUGCUGCUGUUGCCGUUCUCGCUCGUGUCCAAUGCCACACACCAGUGGGAGAGCCCGACUAUCAUCUGCCUCAUCAUCUUCGGCGUCGUCAGUCUGGUUCUGUUUGCCGUUUGGGAGAGGUACUUCGCCAAGGUCUCUCUCUUCCCAUACCAGUUCCUGAAGGACCGGACUGUCCUGGGUGCCUGCCUGGUCUACGGCAUCAUGUUCGCCUCCGUCUACUGCUGGGACUCGUACUAUCAGUCGUACCUGCAAGUCGCCCACAACCAGGACAUCACCAGCUCCGGGUACAUCCUGAACGCUUUCAGCCUGACUUCGGCCAUAAUCUCUCCCUUCAUCGGAGUUGCCAUCCGUUACACCGGCCGCUUCAAGUACAUCGCCCUCGCAGGCGUGCCCAUCUGCGUCCUCGGCACCGCCCUCCUCAUCCAUUUCCGCACUCCCUCGACCAGCGUCGGCUACCUCGUCAUGUGCCAGAUCUUCAACGGCGUCGCCAGCGGCAUCUUCAGCAUCUGCUCCCAGAUCGCCAUCAUGUCGUCCGUCACCCACCAGCAGAUCGCCGUCGCCCUCGCCCUGCACGGGCUCUUCGGUUCCAUCGGCGCCGCCAUCGGUCUCGCCAUCGCCGGCGGCAUCUGGAACAACGUGCUCAAGAACGCGAUCCGGCAGCAGCUGCCGGCGGAGAGCAAGGACCUCACCGCCAGCAUCUUCGCCAGUAUCACCACCCAGCUUUCGUACCCGAUGGGUAGCCCCAUCCGCACGGCCAUCAUUGCCGCCUAUGCCGACGUCCAGAGGAAGAUGGUGAUUGCCGGCUGCGCCUUCAUUCCCUUGAUCUUCCUGUCCUUGCUCCUCUGGCGCAACAUCAACGUCAAGACGGUCGAGGAGGAGAAGGGCAAGCAGACAAAGGGCACUGUUUUCUAA